AUGUUCGAGGAAGGGGUUCGAGAAAUGGCGAACUUGCAGCGGCGAGCGGAGUGGAUGAGCGAAGUUUGUAAAGAAGCACUUAGACGGACUGAGGGAGCGACCAGGAGAGCGGAGGAGCAGGUUCCCGAAUGGAACAUGGUGAAGGGGAAAGUAGAGCACGCAGUCAAGCAAAGAUACGAGGAUUUGGUGUGUUUUUCUAACUUGUCAGCAAUACGACCUGAUUGGGAGGCUGAAAUGCAAGAGAUCGGAUUCUUAGACAGAGUUCGCGUAAUGAGAAAUGCUGAGAGAAGUGACAUGGUGGUGAGAGGAGGAGGGCAGAAUCUGAGGGAGGAGCCACAGUUGAAGGCACGGCAUGACGCUCAUGGUAUUCCAUGGAAGGAGGAGGAGGAGGAGGAUGAAGAAGAGUUUCACGCGUCGGCUGGACUGAGUUGGAUGAUGGAAGAUGGGAAGGUUGUUAUCACGGACAUUGAGCCUGGUUCUCCUGCUUUCUUCUCUCCCUUGGCAGUCGGAGAUCAUGUGCUGUACGUCAAUGACUCGAGGGCAAGCAGGGAAGACAUGGGAAUUUUGAGCAGGACUUUUCACGACCCUUCCUUGCUUUCAAGGUCAGAGAGAAUUGUCGAUUGGGUGAUGGAAUUGCGGAAGCCCAUCCAGCUUGUUGCGCAGAGAAGCACCCAGCUGGUAACAGCGAGUCUGUACCUUGCUCCUGUCAACAUCAUCUGGACGCUCAGGGCAACGUGCACGGCUAUAGGAAGACUGAGGAACGUGGAGGAGGAGAUGUCAACACUGGAGCAGCGACAUCUUGAUGCUGCAAAGUCAGCCCUAUCAGAGACUUUGAGGAACCUCGUGGCCUUUCGACUGAAAGAAUGGCUCGUGCGGGGCAAGCUGGUUGACCGUCUUGUGAGCUCGUUUGCAAAGAGCGUUGAGAAGAGAGCGAACUCGAUGACUGCGAUGCUCAAGGCCUCGAGCAUGGCAGAAGAGCAAAGAUGCUCUCAGUUGAGGAUGAACGAAAGAGCCAACGCUAUCUGCGAACGCGCCUUGGCCAAAAGAGAAGGACGACGGUUGAGGCAAUCCUGGAACAGGAUACGCAGGAAUGUCGUGACGGGAAGGAAGUUGCGGAGACUGGCAGGCAGAAUCGUGGAGAGGUUGUUAAUGAGGAGUAGCUUAAUGUGGCGAACCUCAGCGCAAGAGAAGAAGUUGUCAAGAGAACUCCAAGAGGCUAAGAGCAAGCUUUCUCGGCACAAGUACAACUUGAAGGCACUUCUGUCCAGCUUCUCUUGGUGGAAACAGGUUAAAAAGACCAAAUCUCUUCGUCUCUCGCUGCUGCACUCUCUCACUUGCAAAGCUGCUGUCCAGCUUCUCUCUGCUCUCUUGUCAACUUGGCGGCGACAAGUCAAGAGGAUCGGCAAGUUUCGCAGGAUCCAGUUCGAAUGUUGGGCUAGACCGUCACUUCUUGAAUGGAAGAAGUUCGUGAAAGCGAGUCAAACUUGCCGCCGAUCGACGCUGCAUGUGACAACCCAGGAACUCCUGCGACUGCUGACGGAGAUCAACGAAGUUGACACUUGCGUUGUCCGACUGUCGUUGGAUGUGAGAAAGCAGCAUGGAUACAUUGAGUGCCUGGAAAGGAGUCUAGAAGAGGCUCAGAACCAGCUCUCAGCCUCUGAGGAUCUUCAGUACAAGGCAGGAGAAAAGAUCCGGGAGUUGGAAGGUGAACUGCUGCGAGAAAGUCUCAAGCAAGGCUCGUUGCACCUCCACCAAUAG